GUCUGUCUUUGUCUGUCUGCUCAUUGCUCUGAUGAAAGAGUGACUGAAAGCUCAUGAAAUAAAGCGAAAACACAGCAUGGAUACAGGGUUCCUUUGACGUGGGACUGAAAGUGUUAUCAUGGCCUUCUCGAGAAGUCUCCAAAAAGACAGGAAGAUUCCUACUCUGCGUCAGCACCUGACUUUCAUGGAAAUCAAACUGAACUACAAUAUUGAGACUGAGGGUAGAAUACUCCCUGAACAUUUUUAUUAAUCCCUACGGUGUAUGGAAAGUGCUCCUGGAUGGACCUGGGCGAAAACAGCUGGUCCAUGGUCAAGCGAGAAGUAUCCAGCAGCCCAGGGUCACCGGCUGAGCAGACCUACCUGCCCGGUGACAGCAGGAGGGACGGUCAGACCUCGGACGAGCUGAGGACACCCCCGAGCGAGCUCGACGCGCUGGGGCACCGCCGCUCCGACGGCAGAUCGCUACACUCCUACGUUCACUUCGGACACCAUAACAACACCCUGACCGGCGCCGAGGACAUCCCGCUGUUUACGGAUUUAGACCAGGGCAGCAAACUCGUCCUCUCCAGCGGAGCGCACAAGGCGAGCUUGCUGGUGGACCCGGCAGACAUGUACCAAACACUGGCCAUCGCCGCGGCUCAAAGCCAGACUGGAUAUGAUUCCUCCUCUGGCGGUUACAUGCACUCCAACCCCAACUCUCCCGUGUACGUGCCCAGCUCCCGGGUGGGCCCCAUGAUACCCAGCCUGUCUUACCUGCAGGCCAGCGGCUCCGCGCAGCCCAGCCACGCCGUCUCCAGCCACUCGGUCUGGUCUCAGUCCGCCCCGGAGAGCCCCUCAUAUAGCACCGGGAGCCCGCACGCCUCGAGUCGGUUCCACUACCCUCCGAGUCCGCCCAUGAAUAACGGCACGCCGCGGGACACCGGCUACAGCAACACGCUGAACGUAAGCAACAGAGACCAGUAUGGCCUCUCUCGGCCCCUCAGCGGGAGCUACCCGAGCCCAUACUCUCCUUACGUUGCACCGCAGCUCUCCCAGCUGCCCUCGCCUUGGACCGGGGGACCUUUCGAUAACACGAUGCUGCACACCUUGCAGAGCAGAGGCGCGCCCUUGAUCCGAGGACCAAACGGAGUUUCAGAUAUUCUCGACGACAUGGGGGAGAGCCGAGAGUGCGUCAACUGCGGCUCCAUCUCCACGCCGCUCUGGAGGCGCGACGGCACGGGCCACUUUCUCUGCAACGCCUGCGGCCUGUACAGCAAAAUGAAUGGGCUGAGCAGGCCAUUAAUUAAACCACAGAAACGGACGUCAACGUCCAGAAGAAUCGGCCUGUCCUGCGCCAACUGUCAAACCAGCACAACCACUCUGUGGCGCAGAAACGCCGAUGGAGAGCCAGUGUGUAACGCAUGCGGGCUCUACACGAAACUACAUGGGGUACCUCGGCCGCUCGCCAUGAAGAAAGAGGGAAUUCAGACAAGAAAAAGAAAACCGAAAACAUUGAAUAAAACGAAGGGAUCCUCUGGAAAUAACAACUCUGUCUCUAUGACUCCCACAUCCACCUCUUCAUCCAAUUCUGAGGACUGCUCAAAAACCAGCUCUCCCUCUGGACAGGUGUCAGGGGUCAGUUCAUCCGUGCUGUCCAGCUCGGGGGAGGGAACAGGCUCUGACUCGGCAGUGAAGUACCCGGCACAGGACGGCCUGUACACCAGUGUGGGCUUGACCCAGCCGUCAGAUGUAGCUUCAGUGAGGGGCGAACCCUGGUGCCCCAUGGCUUUAGCUUGAACAUUUAAAUGUUUUUUGGGAGGACAGCAGUCCCUGGCCCCUUCUGUCUGGAUGCUAUGUGGUGUGGAAGUAUUUAAAGAGAAGGGGGGGGGGGACAAUUUUUGUUUCCUUCCUCGCAGAAGAGUUGGACAGGGUGGGGGGUGGGUUGGGGGAUGGGGGGGGAGAAGAAGAAAACGAAGGGUGAGACCACCUUAAGGUCAUGCUGCAAGCUUGAACCAAGAUUGGAAUAUCUGGGAUUUGUUUCCAGAUUGGUGUGGGGAUCUUGUUGCCUUAAAAACAACAACAACAACAACAACAAAGGGAAACGCCAGGCCAGAUGAUCAAUUAGGUGGCCUGCUGUGGAUGGUUUCUGGACCCGCUGCCGUGCACUCGCUAUUUCUCCCAUCCAUCCAUGGCACAGAACCAGAUCUGGGUUCUUAAAAGAAAAGCCAUCGUGUACAUAAUGGAUUUCCUCUCUGAAGAAAAAAAAAAAAAAUCUGUUGAUUGGAUACCAGCGCUUCAGAAAGCGCUAUACUCUUUUAAGGACAUUUAGAUUUUCUUUUUCUUUCCACAACUGGAAUCAUGCCACAAGUGCCGAGACAACUUUUAUGAAUCAAAAGAAGAAAAUAUUUAUAAAUCUUCCAUUGUUGAAAACAUGGCUAUGAUUGUUAAUAAAGAUAUCAAUAUAGAGUAGAAGUUAAACCAUUCUGAUGUCUUCUUUUCUAAUUUUUUUUCCUUUGAUAAGUGGUUGUUAGUAGUACAGUAGUGUUGAAUCUGCACAUGUUUUCCACUGAAAGCUCUUACUGUAUUUGACUGAAAAGAGUUUGGUUUAAACAGGGUAUAAAUGACUGUGUCAUCCAGUGUUUUUGUUUAAUUAUUUACUAUAAAUUACAAAUAAUCAACUCCUUUAGACUAAUUUUUGAUGCUGAAAUCGGCAGUUGGGUAAAGCGUUAAGGUACUUCUCUCAAAGCAGAGCUACAAAAACUGUUUUCCACAUAAAGCAGUUGGACGGCUUGUUUGAACAAAGCACACCCAGAAUAGCUGUGAGCCUACUGACCUUUAUGUUACAAGGCAUAAACUGCAAAAGAAGACUGCUGGCUGCACUACCUGACUCACUAUAAACUGUAUACCUUUCACGAAGCGAGCAUGUACUGUUGCAUCAUUUUUUUUCUACCAAAAUUAGACCAGAGAGGAGAGUGAGGUCACCUCUGAACAAAUUCAUGUUACUCUGAUGACUUUGACUAAUCCCAGUAAGGAUUAAAAGGAGUGUAAUGGCCCGGUGGUUUAACAUGAUAAGUGGAUGAGGAGGAAAAUAAAUAAAGACGCAGACAGUUUAUAUUAUUUUAAAAUAUUUUCUUUAAAAUGCACCCUCAUUGUGGCAAAAAUUUGAAUGGGAGGCACGCAGAGUGAUAUUCACAAGGUGUGUUUGAUUCUUCACCCUGUGUGUCUCUGUGUCCUCCAGCCGUGGUGUGGGUGGAGUCUCAAAAAGACACAAAACCUGAAGGAAACUAAUGAGUUAGGAGUGAAUCUUGCCAUAAAAAGGAUUUUUUUUUCUUUCACAACUUGCUUCAUCCAACAAAAAAGGGCAUGUCAUUCAUUCUUCUGGACUUAUUUAUUUUUUUUGGGAACAUGUUUAUUUUAGCAUAAUUUUUUGUUGUUUUAUUUUCUUUUUGUUGUUUUAUUUUCUUUUUCUUUUUUUUUCUUGAACAUUACAAAAGAUUAUUUUUAUUUAAAUUCAGUCCAAUAAAUUGUUCUGGUGAUGCAAAAAAUAAAUUUACAGUUACCCUGUGUUUUAAAAAAAAAAAAGAGCAGCAGUGUUUUGAAGUUGCGGAAAGAACCGUGUUCUUGCAUAAUAUGUAAUAUUACUCAGGCAUACUUUUGUAUGAGGCAAUCGCAGCUAUGCUUUAACACCCCAUCUCCCCAGGGCUGAAGAAAAACUGAACAGCUUCUCAGAUUUUUUCAUGCUCAAGAGGGGGGAAAAAGAAAAGUCAAGAUCAGCUAAUGCAUGGGACGGAUUUGCUGGGAAACAUUGCAGUGAUAAAAUAAAAACUGUGCUUCUUUUUCAGAAAGACACACAUCCCACCUAAAAGUUUCAAAAGCUGACAUCUCGAAUCAAACAUUUUUCUGUGUUUUCUGGGUGGUUUGCUUCCAUUCUCUGCUUAUGUUUCAUUAAAGCGAACCUUUAUUCUU